AGAGACAGAGAGAGAGAAGGAGAGAGAGAGAGAGACAGAGAGAAGGAGGAGAUAAUGAGACUGGAGGAGGAGUGUCUGUUUCUCAGCUCAGUUUGUUCAGCAGCUCCGUCAGACUGAACGUGUCUCUCUGGGUCUGACUGUCUCUCUCUCAGCCUGUCUCUCUCUCUGUCUGUCUCUCUGUCUCUCUGUCUGUCUCUCUCUCUCAGCCCGUCUGUCUCUAUGUCAGGAUGGAGUGUCGUCAUGGAUUAUUGAUUAUUGUGUUUCUGCUUCAGACAAACUGUUUACACUCAGUUUACAUCAGUGACAACACAGAUUCUCUUCACCAGGUUCUGUCAGAGUUUGCCGUCAUCCGUCCAAUCAGGACCAACUCAGUGGGGCACUUCCUGUCAGUGUCAGUCUCCGCCCACGACCCGCAUCGCACUAAAAUACACGCCCACCACGCAGGGGAAACGCCCACUGACAUGGACAAUGUCAGACACAAAAGACAGACACAACCAGACACGCCCAUAAUACCCUCUUCCACGCCCACAUAUGCGUCACCAUCCAACCAGUCGGUUCAUAGCUGGAUGAGGCGGGGUUACAUGCCUGAGGAGGCGGGGCUUUACUACAACGUCACAGUGUUCGGUCAGGAGCUCCACCUGCGGCUGCGUCCAAACUCUCGUCUCGUCGCCCCCACCGCCACAAUGGAGUGGGAGGAGUCAGGACACCUUCACUCUCAGCCAAUAGGAGACAUCGGCUGCUUCUACACAGGGGAGGUGUCCAACAUGGAGGACACGUCUGUCGCCAUCAGCAACUGUGACGGACUGGCAGGGAUGAUCCGAACAGGUCGGGAGGAGUUUUUCAUCGAGCCGUGGGACCGGAGGAGGUCAGAUGGAGGAGAAAGCGAGGAGGAGGAGGAGGAGGAGGAAGAGGGAGGGCGACGGCACAUCAUCUAUCGCUCCUCAGCAGUCAAGAGGCAAGCAGCUGUCAAUCAAGCAGCUGUCAAUCAAACUGCUGACGACUUCCUGAGAGUUCCCCUUUUAGGUUCUCUGGGCCUGUGGCAAACAUUUGGCUCAUCCCGACGACGGCGCUACAUAGAAGAGGCGGAGCUCUUCAACAUCGAGGUGUUGUUAGCGGUGGACUAUUCCGUCCUUCUCUUCCACGGCCGAGACCACAUUCAGAAAUAUCUUCUGACUCUGAUGAACAUAGUUAAUGAGAUCUAUCAGGACCAUUCUCUGGGCGCCAACAUCAAUGUUGUGCUGGUCAGAAUCAUCAUGUUGUCUCCAUCAAAGUCCCAGGAGCUGAUCUCUGUGGGGAACCCUCAGAAGAGUUUGGAGAACGUCUGCGGUUGGUCUUAUCUCCAGCAGAGGGAGCAGAGUCACGCCGAGCAGCACGACCACACCAUCUACCUGACCCGGCAGGAGUUCGGCCCCUCCGGCAUGCAGGGUUAUGCUCCUGUCACAGGAAUGUGUCACCUACACCGGAGCUGCGUCCUGGUCUUGGAGGAUGGAUUCUCCUCGGCCUUCGUAGCGGCACAUGAAACAGGACACGUGUUAGGUAUGAAACAUGAUGGUGAGGCGAAUGAUUGCGAGGACGACGUGCUCCUCGGCAGCAUCAUGUCUCCGCGGGUUCAGGCAACUUUCCAUCGAUACCACUGGUCCAGGUGCAGCUGGAGGGAGCUGCACGAGUACCUGAACACCUACGACUGUCUCCGUGACGACCCUUUCAACCACGAGUGGCCGUCUCAGCCUCAGCUGCCGGGGUUCCAGUACUCGAUGGAGCAACAGUGUCUCUUCGACUUUGGACCAGGAUACAGUCUCUGUACCGCAUACCCGAACCAUGAACCCUGCAAACAGCUGUGGUGCAGCGACUACCACAACCCGUUCUACUGUAAGACCAAGAAAGGUCCGCCUCUGGACGGCACCAGGUGUGGACUGGGGAAGCACUGUUUCAAAGGUUUCUGCAUAAAGUUGACCCCCAACCUCCUGAGACAAGAUGGCGGCUGGGGGACCUGGAGUUCGUACGGCAGCUGCUCCAGGACCUGCGGGGGCGGCGUCAGGUUUCGGGCCAGGCGCUGCGACAACCCGGUUCCAGCCAACGGGGGGCGCACCUGCUUCGGAAACAGCUACGAGUUUGAGCUGUGCAGCCAAGAGGAGUGUCCGCCGCUGACUGACUUCAGGGAGGAUCAGUGUAAAGUCUGGAAUCCAUUUUUUGAACAUGAGGGAAAGAAACAUCACUGGCUGCCGUAUCAACACCCAGACCCUGACGAGCGCUGUCGUCUGCACUGUCAGUCCGAGGAGACGGCGGCGGCGGUUUCCAUGAACAGAAUGGUGCAUGAUGGGACGCCGUGUUCCUACGGCGACGCCUACAGCGUGUGCGUCCGAGGAGAGUGUGAGCACGUGGGCUGUGACGGACAGAUCGCCUCAGACCGACAGGAGGACAGAUGUGGAGUCUGUGGCGGAGAUAACUCCAGCUGCAAGAUCAUAAAAGGAAACUUCACCCGCAGCACAAAGAAACCAGGUUACCUGAAGAUCCUGGAGAUCCCUAAAGGAGCGCGACACCUGCUGAUCCAGGAGUUCAAGGGGACUCCUCACGUCCUGGCGGUGAAGAACCUGGAGACGGGUCACCUCUUCCUCAACGAUGAAGACGAGCUCCCAGAAUCCCGUGUGGUGAUCGAGAAGGGUGUGGCCUGGGAGUACAGUAACGCCGAGGAGCAGGAGUCCGUCCAGACCACGGGGCCACUGAAGUACGGGGUCCUGCUGAUGGUCCGUUCCCACGGCGACUCCAAGGUGACCAUAUCCUACAAGUACAUCAUCCAGGACCGUCUCCGGUCCUCGCUGGAGUCCAACCUGGUGCAGGAGGACACCAUCUUCUACGAGUGGGCGCUGAAGAAGUGGUCCAUUUGCUCCAAACCCUGCGGAGGAGGGAAACAGUACACGAGGUUCGGCUGCAGGAGAAAGGCUGAUGGGAAAAUGGUUCACAGGAUGCUGUGCUUCAACAUCAACAAGCCGAGAGCCAUCAGUCGCAGCUGCAACACGGACACGUGCAGCUCGCCACGCUGGGUGACGGGGAACUGGGACGACUGCAGCGCCUCGUGUGGUCAGAGUGGGUGGCAGCGUCGCUGGGUGAGCUGCCAGCAGGAGUCCAGCAGGGGGCAGCAACAGCGCUCAGUGCACAGCAAACUCUGUCUUGAAGACCGGCCGGAUGGGAAACAGACCUGCAACCGUGUCCCCUGCCCCGCGGUGUGGCGAGCCGGGCCGUGGACACCGUGUUCGGUAUCUUGUGGAAACGGGACUCAGGAGCGUCAGGUUGCGUGUUCGAGUCCUGGGGGUUCGACUGGAAACUGCAGUUUACCUCGACCAAUCACAACCCGCAGCUGCCAGGCCCCGCCCUGCAGUGGCGACCAGAAGAGUGCCAUCAUCCGGUGGUUGUCCAGGUCCAACGCAAACUUCACAGCUCCAAAGAUCUCAUCCAGGCAGCGUUGCCGUGGUGACCGGUCUGUGUUUUGUCGGAUGGAAGCGUUGAGCCGUUACUGCUCCAUCCCUGGAUACCGGCAGAUGUGCUGCAAGUCCUGCAGCGAGGGAAACCUCAGCAGCGUGAGCCCGCCGACUGCCAACAGCAGCUCGUGGAUUUCCACCACGGAGACGAUCACCUCAGCGUCCACCUCCACCUGGUCUGACAGCAGCCCCAUCGCCAGUGACAUCAUCAGCACUCCACCUCCCACUUUCAUUGUGACUCCGCCCCCUACCAGCAGGAGCAGCACCGACUUCGUCUACGUGGAGUACGAAGACUAUGACGAGUACUCGUCCUACGAGGAUCCUUCAGUUCCAUCUGAGUCUCCGGAUAUCAUUCCAACUACGAGUACUACUACUACUACUUCUUUUACUACUACUAGUACUACUACUACUACCACUACUACUACUAGUUCUACAACUACAACAAGACGCCCAAGAAAAACUGCUCCAGCAUAUCUAUUCAAAAAGAAAACCACCACUACCAAACUGCCUUCUGCCACAGUUCCCAUGGUAACUGUUGAUGGCCCAUUGCCGUUGCAGAUCCGGAUGUCUGCCGUCCCAGAGUUUCCCAUAACAUCAGCUGAUAGCGUCACUGCCACAUCUUUACCAAUCACAUCAUCUGGGCAGCAGAGCGUUCAAACUAACUUAAGUCUGACAGAAACCAAACCGGCGCCGACGUCUUCGUCCCCCUUCUUCCCGCUCACGAGGAAUAAGGAGAACAACUCGGUGGACGAGGUCUCGUACCAGAUUGUGGGAUUGGACGGGGACGUCGCCAGGGGACAGCAGAACUUCUUUGUCCCGCGGAUGCCGCCGUUCCGCGAGCGAACACAAAACAAACGCAUCCAGGAGCUUCUGAACGAGAAGCGGCGAAAGGAUCUUCUGAAGAGACCAAACAGGAGCAGAGCGAGCCGGACUGACAGGAAACAGACGGGAUCAUAAAAACACUAUUAUAGGUUUUCCCGAUAUCGCAUGUACAGCUUCUCACUUUCUGCUACCGUUAACGACCUCUGAACAGACACUGAAUCAGACUGCAGAGCAACAACAAACAGCUGAGGAGGUUCUCCCAAUGUUCCCUUUGUGUUUCCUGAGGUCACACUUGUUUCCUCUCAAUAAAGAAAACUGCCUCCAGAGUCGUCAUUGAUGCUUGAAGGUCCUGUGGACACAUGUCGAGGUUUCGCUCGUUUUCACACUUAUUUGUACCAAAUAUUUGUGUUUCUAAAUAAAGUCUCAUCCAGCUGCUGA